AUGCAGCUUCCAGCCGUCACCAAAGGCUUGGCCAGGCAGGCAGGCAGGCAGCAAGGAACCGAAACGACAACGCCGGAAAAAUACUUUCCGGCGCCGACGCGCGACUGCCGGCCGCCGGGCCACUCGGUUCUAGGAAACAUCAUCGAGUCCCUAUGGCUGCCUACAAUGGCCCUCAACAGCUACGAUUUGAAACUUGAAAAGAUCGAGCUUGUUGAGAACUUCCCGGGAGUGGGAGUGGCUUUGGUUCACAGCUUCAGCAACUAA